CCUCAGUUCUGUCAGGAUCCUAUUCCCAGAUGCAAGAUUGGAGAAUUCAUCCUUUUACAGAAAACUGGUGUGAGAAAGGAAAAACAAAACCUCAGUUGAUAACAGAAGACAACCCAGGCUUGAUUUAGUUUUGGAUGAAAUUAUUCUUGCAUCAAGAUGUUAAUAAGCCAAAAUUUAGACUAAAUGUGUUAAAUGAUCUUGCCAACAAUAUGGAUGAUUUGAAGAUAGACAGCGAUGCCACUGGUGCUAAAGAAGAACUCCAAGGUGACAGCAGUUAUAUCUCAGAGAAAGACAGUGGAGUUCAUGAACCAAAAGAUUGUCAGACACCAUUUCAGAAAAACAGUUCAUUGACUCUGUCUGAAGAAUUGUCAGAGGAAAAACCAGAAAAAGCCUUAAGUGGAGGCCGGUCUGCUUUGUUUAUACCUGCCGGCAUGCCUGCUGUUCCUAGUGAAAACUAUACGUUGCCUGCGGAAGCUGUUGUUAAUGGACCAGUUUCACGCUCCUUAACAAAGACUUCCAAUAUGAAUGAAGGUAGUGUUUCAUUAACCACUGGACAGCCUGUGGAUCAGCCAGCAACAGAAUCGUGUUCAACUUUGAAGGUAGCAGCUGAUGUUCAGCUGCCUGUACCACAAAAAGCAAGCCAACAGCAAGCUCUGUUUUUGUUAUCAGAUGUAGCACAUACUAAGAACACAGCCCAUUCCAUUAAAAAACUACCUACCUCUGCUUUAGUUGGUUGUGAUGUUCCGAAUUCAGUAGGGAGUAGUAUGAAGUCAGAGAGCACUUUACUAAAUCAAGUAGAGGAGGGCAAGGGUAAUGAAGAUGUAUUGGCAAAGGAUAACUGUGCCAAAACAUUAGCAGGAGUUUCCUCAGGUACAGAUGAAUUUAGGUCAGAAAAUGAUACAAACUGGGAUCCCCAAAAAGAGUUCAUUCAGUUUCUUAUGACUAAUGAAGACACAGUGGAUACACCUCCCGUUCAUUCUAAAGUAGUAGGUCUAGAAAAAAAGAGAAAGCGAAAAAUGGAUGUAAGCAAAAUAACUCGUUACACAGAGGAUUGUUUUAGUGAUUCUAAUCGUGUACCCAAUAAAUCAAAAAUACUAGAAGUUGACUUUCUAGGGCAAAAUGAGGAGGUGCAGGUGGCAGACUCACAGAAGUACACUUUAUCAAAAGUGAAACCUGAGUCUGCUGAUGAAGAUGUGGAGUCUGUGGAUACUUUUCAGCAUCUAGUUUAUAACGCAGAUAAAUGUGGAGAAGAUAAUUCACCUAUUCAUACACGCACUUUUAUUUCUAAUACCUUAAAAAAGAAAUGUGAAGAGAGUGAUUCUGAGUCACCUGCUACUUUCAGUAUCGAAGAGCCAUCAUUUUACCCCUGUACAAAGUGCAAUGUGAAUUUUAGGGAGAAAAAACACCUCCACAGACAUAUGAUGUAUCAUUUAGAUGGGAACAGUCACUUUCGCCACCUAAACGUUCCAAGACCAUAUGCUUGUAGAGAGUGUGGACGGACAUUUCGAGAUCGCAACUCACUGCUAAAACACAUGAUCAUCCACCAGGAAAGAAGACAGAAACUGAUGGAAGAGAUCCGUGAGUUGAAAGAACUCCAAGAUGAAGGAAGAAGUGCACGGUUACAAUGCCCUCAGUGUGUGUUUGGUACCAACUGCCCUAAGACAUUUGUGCAACAUGCUAAAACCCAUGAGAAAGACAAAAGGUACUAUUGCUGUGAAGAGUGUAACUUCAUGGCAGUGACAGAAAAUGAAUUGGAAUGCCACCGAGGCAUUGCCCAUGGAGCAGCCGUGAAAUGUCCUAUCGUCAAUUCAGAUGCAACUCAGAGGAAAACACAAAAAAAGACUUUGAUGAAAGACUCUGUUACAGGGUCAUCCAAAAAGUCAGCUACAUACCUAUGUAAAAUGUGUCCCUUUACUACUUCAGCCAGAAGUAUUUUGAAAAAGCACAUGGAGUAUUUGCAUUCCCCAUCAUGUGUUGAUUCAUUUGGUAAUCCUCUUGGACUUGACAAAAGAAAAAGUGACAUCCUUGAAGAAUCUGUAGAUACAGAUUGUACUAAGCCAUUAGUUAAACAACAGUCAGCCACAUUUCCAAAGAACUCUGCUUUAAAACAAGAUGUUAAACGAACAUUUGUACCAAGCUCACAAUCAAGUAAUUUUUCAAAAUUUCAUAAGCGGGGGCCACAUAGAAUACAAAAAGCCCGGAAAAGUAUUGCCCAGUCUGGUGUAAAUGUGUGCAAUCAAAACAGCUCUCCUCACAAAAACAUUACGGUUAAAAGCAGCACUGACCAAAAGCCAAAGUAUUUCCAUCAAGCAGCAAAAGAAAAAUCUAAUGCCAAGGCAAAUAGCAGUUAUUUAUAUAGACAUAAGUAUGAAAACUACAGGAUGAUCAAAAAAUCAUGUGAAUCACACCCACUUCCUUUCAAAAAAGAAGUUAAUUCAUUAAACUCUUUACAUCUGUUUUCAUCAUCCAAUAAUUCUCACAAUAAUUUUAUUUCAGACCCUCAUAACCCAGACACCAAAAGGCCAGAUCACAAGCGUGUAGCUGUAAAAAGAGUAGUUAAGGCUUCCAAGAAGGAAAGUUCUGGUGGAGAAGACUUGGAUAGCUACCCUGAUUUUCUGCAUAAAAUGACUGUCGUUGUUUUGCAAAAGCUUAAUUCUGCUGAAAAGAAAGAUAGUUAUGAAACAGAAGAUGACAGCUCCUGGGAUAAUGUUGAGAUAGGUGACUACACUACACAGACCAUGGACGAAGAAACCUACAGUGGUCUUAGUCAAGAACAUGUAAACUUACUGCCCCUAUUUAAAAGCAAGAUGGAAAGCCAAGGUCCUGGAGACAGUGCUGCCCUUAGUUACAAUCAGGAUGAUGGCUUCUAUUUUGAGUAUUAUGAAGAUGGUGGCACUAACAGCUUUUUACAUGAGAUACAUGAUCCUCAGAAUUUGGAAAAUGCAGAAACGCCUUUGUCAAAGCAUAGCUCUGUUUUUCAUUGGGCUGAUUUGUCCCUUGAAAAGAAGUCCUGUCCUUACUGCCCAGCAACGUUUGAAACAGGUGUUGGGCUGUCAAAUCAUGUCCGAGGACAUCUCCAUAGAGCAGGAUUAAGCUAUGAAGCCCGUCACGUUGUGUCACCAGAACAAAUAGCCACAAGUGACAAAAUGCAGCAUUUCAAGAGAACUGGCACAGGGACGCCUGUGAAGCGAGUUAGAAAAGCUGUAGAGAAGGCUGAAACUACUUCUGAACAUACUUGUCAGCUCUGUGGUGGUUGGUUUGACACAAAGAUUGGGUUAUCAAAUCAUGUCAGAGGCCAUCUGAAAAGACUUGGGAAAACCAAGUGGGAUGCUCACAAGUCUCCAAUCUGCGUUCUCAAUGAGAUGAUGCAGAACGAAGAGAAAUAUGAAAAGAUUUUAAAGGCACUCAACAGUCGUCGCAUUAUUCCCAGACCGUUUGUAGCUCAGAAACUUGCACCAGGUGAUGACUUCCUGUCUCAGAAUGUUUUACCUCUUGAUGAAUACCGUAAUGGCCUAAAGACAGAGGCCCUGUCAGUGUCUGCAUCAGAGGAAGAAGGCUUGAGUUUCCUGAAUGAAUGCGACGAAACAAAACCUGAACUGCCCAGUGGAAAAAAGAGCCAGUCUCUUACACUGAUAGAACUUCUUAAAAAUAAAAGGAUGGGGGAAGAAAGGAAUUCCGCACUUUCUCCUCAGAAGAUCCAUAACCAGACAGCAAGAAAGAGAUUUGUUCAGAAAUGUGUUCUUCCAUUAAACGAAGACAGUCCGUUGAUAUAUCAACCACAAAAAAUGGACUUGACUAUGCACUCAGCCUUAGAUUGUAAGCAAAAGAAAUCAAGGUCAAGAUCUGGAAGCAAGAAGAAAAUGUUAACAUUACCUCAUGGUGCUGACGAGGUUUACAUUCUCCGAUGCAGGUUUUGUGGCCUAGUCUUUCGGGGACCAUUGUCUGUUCAGGAAGACUGGAUUAAGCACUUACAGCGGCACAUUGUAAACGCUAAUCUUCCACGGACUGGAGCUGGCAUGGUGGAAGUGACAUCACUACUUAAAAAGCCUGCCUCUAUUACGGAAACUUCCUUUUCUUUACUAAUGGCAGAAGCAGCCUCAUAGGACCAGGAAUCCUUUUAAACAGCAGAUUUAAUUGGAUGUAAAUUUAAAAUUCUUGUCAUUUUUUUUUUUUUUUUUUUUUUUUUUUUUUUUUUUUUUUGUAAGCCAUGUCCAUUUAUAAAUACUAAAGUAGGAAAAAUGGGGGAGCGUGGAUUAAGUGGCAUCUGAGCAAACUGAACACUUAAUGACAGUAAGUAGUCUAUAUAUUUUAUAUAGGACAGAGAUGUGUUUUCAAGGUUUGCUGAAUUUUGUUGGCUGAGUUUACUCAAUUAAAGGUCUUACAUCUGAGAGCCCUCUGUAAGUGUUGCACAUGGGUUUACAGACAGACUUGCUGAAAGAUUGUGUUCUCUGCAGUGUUACCAGAAUCAAGGCUCUGUUUCUUCCCCACACUUACAUAGUAAACUAAGAUAUUAUAUUUUGUUGGUAUGUAUUUAGUGUUUUGUAUACUUCCAGGAACUGCUAACUAAAUUUACUCAACUUAGGGCAUUAAAUAUCAUGUACUUCAUAGUUUGAGACUGUUCACCCAAAUAGGGCAGAGUACUAUCUAUCUAGAUGUAUAAGUGUUUUGUUUUGUUUUUUUAAUCACAUGGAACGGUUUUUUUGUUUUUUUUUAUACUAAAAAGUCGGAGGGAGAUUUGUUUAAACAAGUAUUUCUAAAAGCAAUGUGUACAUAGUCCUGGGAAUUAUUUGUGGUAAGGAAGCCUUCUUGACUCGAGUUGCUUUUCUCAGACAAUGAAGUGGUGCACCCACGCUACCUCCUACUUUGUCAGCAAAGAUGCUAUUUACCCUUUCCAUUUUUGUAUCAUAAUAGAUUUUAAAAAUCUAAUGUUCUUUAUUGCAAGACAUACUUUUGUUACCAGAUUUGUUUCUUUGUAAUGUUUUACGUACAGUUUGACAUGCUUACAGGACAGGGUUGUCUCUUUAUUUAACAUUGUAGAAAUGUAAUUAAUAAACAAGGCUCACUACACAAUUUAGAAUAGGCUUUUUCUCAUUUAUAUUAUCUUCCAAAUUUGAUCAGUUAGAAAAACUAUUAAUACACAAACUAUUUCUACAUAUGAUGAGAAUGUUUACAAUUUCAAUGCUAGACCUUGUUUUGGAUGUGAUUAUAUGUAUGAAAAUUGUGUAACACUAUGCUCAUGCUAAGAACCCACAUAAUGGAAUACUGAAAUAAAUGUGCUGUGAGGAAUGGAACGUAAUGGUGCAGGUGUCUUGGUCAUGAUAACUUGUGAUGACGCUCUUCAACUCUUUCCAAAAUCAGCAUCCUUUACAGACGACAGUUUGUGUGCAAGCACCCAUUCCACACCAUUUCAUGUAGUUGCUAAUAGAGGUGAACCAAGGAUAUGCAUUGAUGCUUUUUUUCAUUUGUAAAUAAAGAGAAAAAACAGUUAAAGUGAAGGAGUAUUUUGGAAGACUAUAUACAUACCUCACUGCCAGUGAAAUUACUUUUCCUGUGGUAUAUCUCCUUACCAGAAAUUGCUAAAUAAAAAGACUUCAAGAAUUA